CCGGAAUGACAUUUGAGUGACUUCGACUGCGGGCGGAUAUCGUUGGGUGCCGGUUGUGAAAAAGGCGGAAGAGGAGCACUUCGAGGUAUUCGGUGUCGGCGUGCCAGCUUCCUGAGGCCUACACGUCGUCAGCUGGUAUGAGCGCCAAUCGUGUCUCACUCCUUGAAGUGAGCAAGCACAAUCAAGACGAUGAUGCCUGGAUCAUCCUGAACGGCGUGGUCUGGGACAUGAGCGGCUUUGCGGCCAGACAUCCUGGAGGGCGGGACGUGAUCGAGGAGUAUUUCGGGCAGGACGGAAGCGAAGUUUACAAUGGCAUCCACAGCCCAGGCAUGGCGGAGAAAUACCUCGGUCAGAGCAAGAAGGUCGGCCUGGUCGAGGCCGGUGCGCCCAAAACGGGCGACAGUGAUGCAGAGGACCAUGUGCCUGUGGUGAAACCCGAUCUGGACGCGAUCAUCAGCAUCUACGAGUUCGAAAAAGUCGCAGAGACGGCGCUCAGGCCUAAAUCGUGGGCGUACAUUUCGGGUUCGACGGAGAAUGGCCUGACGAAAGCUGCAAACCAGGAUUGGUAUCAACGUAUCUGGUUCCGACCCAGAGUGCUGACGGGCGUGGGCAGAGUCGACAUCAGUACCAGCAUGUUCGGUCGGAAGUGGGCAUCGCCUAUUCUCAACUGUCCGUUCUCGUCGGCAAUGCUUGCGCACGAAGAUGGAGAGCUUGCACUGGCCAGAGGGUUUGAUGCAUGCGGCAAUCCAAUGGUGAUCCCGACCAUGUCAUCAUAUUCCGUCCAGGAGAUUGUCGAGGCCUUUCCACGUGGGCAUCCUUUCUUCUUUCAGCUGUAUGUGCAUAGUGACCGUUCGGAAAUGGAGAAGCUCCUCGAUCAAGUCUGCGAGCUACAGCCGCAAGGCAUUCUUGUUACGGCCGAUCUUCCGGUCAUGUCGAAGCGCGAGGGUUAUACCAAAUUCCUGGUGAACCAGCGUCAGAAGAAGCCGAAGAAGAUUUCCCAGGUGACCUCCGCGCAGAGGCCGGAGGAGUUGGUAUCUGUCGACCCCGAUUUGACGUGGUCAGAUAUCGAAUGGAUCCGGAAACGUACCGGUCUUCCCACAUUCGUCAAAGGAAUACAGUGCGCGUCGGAUGCUCGAAAGGCGCUCGAAUGUGGCUGUGCCGGGAUAUAUAUCUCGAACCACGGUGGAAGAGCUUUGGAUACAGCAGCCCCGUCCAUACUCGUGCUGUUGGAAAUCCAAGCUACUUGUCCUGAGAUCCUUGAUAAGCUCGAGGUCUUUAUUGAUGGAGGCAUUCAAAGAGGUACCGACAUCCUGAAAGCUAUCUGCUUAGGUGCGAGUGCCGUAUGCCUGGGAAGGCCGUUCUUCUAUUCCCUCGCGUAUGGAGAAGAAGGUGUCAAGCACGUAAUAAAGAUUCUCGAAGCCGAGCUCGCGACUGCGAUGCAACUCGUGGGCAUAACGAGUCUUGAACAGGCACAUCCUGGACUGGUCAAUACAGGCGAGUUGGAAGCUUUGAUCUAUCGAGGAGAUAAUCAUCCAUGGGCUCGGAAACCUCGAAGAGCCCGACUGUGAAGGACAGGCGAUAGAUAUCUGGAUACGUAGACAACAAUGGGCAUGGUGAGAUGUUGAGGUCAAGUGGGUGAUUAGUCGCCGAUUAGAGUAUAUUAGCUAGAAUAGAGAUAGUAUUACAGAAGUGGAAAAAGUGUGCUUGGCAAUCCGA